UAAAAAAACAAGUUCCAUUCAAUUCACCAUCAGACUUCCCUGGAUGCUGGCAGGUACCGUUACAUGUACCGACAUGCUGGAUGAAAUGCUGGAUGACAGCAUCAACAAGAAGCAAACCAAAGCAGAGCGCAAAAGGGUUUGCUUUGAGCAUCGAAACUCCUGAGCUUUCUCUGUGCUUGUCGUCGUCCUACUCUACCCAGCACGAACCACAGCUUUCAACCCAGUGAGAAGCCAUAACCACAAACAGUGGCCAGCCCGAAGCAUAAGGGUUGAGUGAUAGUCCGAGGGACUCUCAAGCGAUCUUUACAGCAGCUCUUUCAUCAUGGACGAUACCUCCAAAACCAACCUCUUGGAGCUCAUUAGCGACCGAGAAGGGCAAGCGGAACUGUUGGCCAAUAGCGGGCAUAGCAAGACCACUAGUAGCAGUAGUAGCAAGAAGAAACCGAGCAAGAUGGUUGGAAAAGAGAUUGAUGUCGAUGAAGAAAUGGCCAAGGUCAAGGAGUUGGCCAAGAUGGGCUAUCCUCCGCAGCAAGCCGCGAAGAGCGCGUAUCCCCAGCAAGAUUCGAAACAGCCAGCGCCCAAGAAACAACCUCCUCCUUCCAAGCCUCGUGCGACUCCUCGAGGACGAAGCAUUACUAGCAAGGCAGCCAUCUCACUUCCGCCACGACAACGCUCGCAACGAGGAGGAGUGGUCGAUGUGGACGCCAUUCCUCGCAGCAAAUCUCCCGCAGCUCCUUCAGCCCGUUUUCGAGGCAAAAAGCCCCUUCAGCGCGCCACUUCCGCCCCGACAGCGGCGGCUGCCUACCGCGGCAAUCAUACAGCAUUGCACCGCACUCCGACAUCCUCCAAGAAUGGCAAUAGUGUCGCUCUCUCGGACGAGAGUGAAUUGGAUUUGCUGGGCAUUGUGGCACAACGAUGUGCCCACAAUAAUGAAGUGGACUGCGACGAAUGCCAUUCAGCCCACCAAGAUUUGGAACAAGGUCGUGCCAAUAAGAUGCAAAAGACCAACUCCAUGCCGUCGUACCACUAUACUUCCCAGCAAGGCAAACAGGUGGAGCGGCCCACCAUUACAACCACUGCCCAACACAGUUCCAGAUCCGUAGCUUCCGUGGCUGCCAAGCAUGCCCGCAAAGCGGCUCGAUCCUCCAACAAUAGUGCCCUCUCUUCCAACAAUAGUGCCGUCAGCCGUGACCAUUCUCGCCGCACCAUGACCUCUUCCGAUAGCGACAGUACCAGCGCGAGCACGUCCUGUAAGGAUGCAUGUUGCAACGAGUUGGAUCUGGGCAGCGAAGUCGAGCUCAUGCAAUUGGUCGCGCAGCGUAUCGUUGAUUUAGAAGCGAGCGAUUUGGAUAUGGAAUCGACCACCAGUGACGCGGAUGUCUCGGGCUUUCUCUACGAUGUCGAAGUCGGUCCUUCCAUGAGGACCACCAAAACAAAGCCGUCGAGAGCCAUGACGGACGCUUCGGCCGUCUCCAUGGACACGUCCGACCUCAAAGCUGUUCGGUCCCAGAGCCCAACUCCUGGCAAGGGACAACCACGCACUCCCAAUAACCUCACGGCCGGUGCGUAUUCCGCCGCUCCCGGACAAGGCUAUGUCCGCAACGACGCCUUUGCCACCACAUCCUUGUGUCAACCCAUGGCGGUCGCGGCCAUGGCCACGAUGCAACAGGAUGCGGCGGUAGAACAACAUCCCAUGAAUGGCAGCAUGAUGGACGGAUCAACCAAAUCCAACAAGUCGACCGGUGCCGCGGCCAGUGCGGGUGAUAUCAUUUCGGCCGUUCGGGUCGACGAAGACGAUUUGGAAUUGCACAUUCGAGAACAAAUCCACAGCACCGCCGCACAAGCACAAGUCGUCGAUAUGGACAAGGAAACGGGAGAGAGAAUGAAAUCCGAGUUGCAAAAAGUACAAAAACAAUAUGCGGGCUUUGGUAUUUUGUGUGUCAUGUUCUUGGCUGUGGCCGUCGCGGCGGUGGUGGUCUCGGUGACGCAGCGACAACAAAAUACUGAUGCGGUAGCAACAUCGAUUGACGACGGUCCCGUGUUCUUGUCCACCCUGCAGUCCAUUGCCGAUCGAGGAACCUUGAAUUGCGGGCUUGGAUAUCGGGGAGAUGAUGCCGACUUUCAUCCUGAGUAUCAACUCGCAUGGGAAGGUUUCAUUGGUGAUAUUUGCAAAGCAAUCGCUGCUGGUGUUUUGGGAGGCAAUCCAGAGGUGAACUUCCAGCUGGUGAACGAGGAGGAACGAUGGAAAAAGCUACAACGAGGUGAAUUGGACGUUCUCAUUGUUGGCUGCCCAGCAAUUACCGAGUCUCUCUACUUUGAUGUUGAUACAGAAGUGAAGGCAGCCUUCUCCACGUCCUUUCUUUUUGAUGGCGUGGGUGUUGGAGGUUUGCCAGAGUUUGUUGAAAACUGCGCCACCAACACAGGUGGCUUUCGAGCCUGUCGUGAUAUGAGGGUCUGUGUGACACAAGGUUCUCAUGCCUUAGAUGUGCUGGAACGGCGUCUGCAUCCAAGUCAGAUUGUCGCUGUGCCGACUCUGCAAGAAGUGUACGAUCGCUUUGCUGGAGGUUGCUGCAACAUGCUUUCGACUGACUUUAUGAACGAACGAGCGGACGUUGUUGUCCGUGAAUUCAGUGGUUACAAAGGCGAAUAUGCACUCGGAGCCGGUCUGUACUCGAAACAACCCUAUUCAGGUGCCACCCGCAAGAUGUUCGAGAAAGACCUUUUGGAGAUUGCAGUCGGUCUAGUCGACGACAUCGCAAGAGAGAAUGAUCCUCGAGUGUGGUCCGAGUAUGUGAACUGGGUAAUCAACUCGUUGUUUGCUGCCGAGCAAAAUAAUAUCACCCAAGCCACAGCCAAUUACAUCACACAGACAGACGUUUUUGGAGAAAAGUACCGCGAUGUCUUUCAUCACGCAGUUGCCGCGGCAGGAAACUACGGCGAGAUCUACGAACGCACCUUGGGUCCAAUCAUUCCUCGGGACGGCAUGAAUCUCGUCAAUGAUGGAUCAACUGGUCUACACUACCAUCACUCACUUGGAAGCGUGAAUACCUUUGGAACGGUGAACCCCAACGGAACUCUGGACAAUGUCCUCAAGAAGGGUAAGCUAGUAUGCGGGAUUCCAGCGUUUCAGAAUACCAACUUCACACUGGGACCAGGGGAGAUUGCCACCCUCCCUCCGUCGGGGCACCUGAGCAACAGCACGAACCACAACGCAACGUUCCAUCACGAGGCAAACACGCUGGUAGGAGAAAUGGACCGCGAGCUCAAAGCAGCAAGCAUUGACAUUGAAUUCUGCCGGGCGCUCUCGUCGAGUCUGUUUCAGGGUUUGCAUACAAGCAACAAAGGCACCGAGUCUUGCUCUGCUGCCUCGUCAACCAAUGACGACGAUUCUGACUCCGAGGAUCUAACCUUGGAGUUUGUCCUCUUGACAGAUGAGGCGGAAGGAUACACCAAGCUCCAAAGUGGCGAAUUGGACGUGAUUGCUGGGUAUCGCAUUGACCUACAAGGUGAUGUAAGAGAACCCACAACGGGUCAGGGGUACGCGUACACACAGCCGUACUUGUAUGGCCCCGUGUCUGAGGUUCAACACGUUACAUCAAACAACCGAUGCAUGGUCACUCGCCAGAACGACAGGCAAUGGUCAGACUUCGUGCAUAUGGUGGUGAUGGCCAUUUUUUAUGCAGAAGAAAAUCAUAUCGAUCAAGAUCAUGCGAAUCAAAUGCCCGCUGUUAAUAACUUUGGCCCUGCCAUGAAGCGAAUGUUCCGCGACGCUGUCUUCGCUGUAGGCAGCUACGCUGAGGUGUAUGAGAGGUUGGUGGAGCCAUUCAUUCCUCGGGAAGGAGGACCAAAUACCUUGAACUCGGAAGCAGAUCCGCAGCUGGCUGCUCUGCCCGGUCUGAUAUAGAGGAUGGUAUCAUGACUGGAAUCUUCGAGCAAGUUGUUGUGGCCUUCAACUUGUGAUCUUGUUGUUCAGCGCGGGUGUCUUGAAUUCGUUGUUGUGGCAUUCAACCUACAUUUAGUCUUCAUGCUCUUGGCAAUAGUGAACAGGCUUUGCACCUUUGCCUUCUUGGGCUUUGGUGGUACCUGAUAGCUCCUCACGCUCUGAGGGCAUGGUUAGUAGUACAGUAGGGUAUGUGAAAAUAGCUGCUAGAGUGGCUAUAAGAUAUGAAAGAUCCUGAUACUAUGGUUAGGCUGCUCGUAAGAUGAUUUCUUGGAGAGGAUGUUGCUGAAUCCCUGCAGCACACUAGAAAUGGCCCCACCAGUACAAUGGACCGACCAGUACAAUCUGUACAAGACACGUCUUUAUCACUGAACAGCUCUGCUGUUUGCUUGAAUAACACUUUGAAACUUUGUACUGGUCGGGGCUCUUUUCUAGCAAAAAAGCUAGCUGAGUGCAACUUUGUACUGGUCGGGCCAUUCCUAGCACAUGUCUCAGAAAAGAGUUAUCUUAUUGAUGAGGUAGGGGGUGUACCUCUAAAAGUGUGGGACUGACUCGACUCGGUGUUUGCUCGAAUAGCGAGUGCGUGGGAGUCAAAUCUGGUUCUGCGUUCGGCACCUGAACUUGAACCUCUUUGGCUCUCUCUGGCACCUGGCUAGACCAACAUGGGAAGGAUACAAGGCGAACUCUCGAAGGGAGAGCAUGGAAAGCAGAUUGAAUCAUUCGAUUCAGGGGGAGCUUUAGAGCCGAGUACAAUUAGCGGGACCACCAGUAAUAGCUUUACUCUGAGUAGAAAAUAUCUUUUGAGUGGCUUGGAACUACAAGAAAAGGGAACCCCUGAUCAACCACCAUUCUAAUCCUUUCCUUUCAGAGCCGAGAUUGCAAACUCUUACGACCUACCGGGAUUAGCCUUGAAUGAUUCAAUCAUCCGUUCGGGACUCCCCCCCCCCUCAACGGUACCGUAACCUCAACGGUACCGUAACCUUCGGUACCGAUAGUUUUCUACAAGUGGGUCAUUGUAAGCCUUCUUUUCAGAGAGGAAAGAAGCAUUGGAGGAGGUGCGUUUUUGAUACGGGAAUUUGGCCGAGGCUUAGUGGUUCCAGGGGUUCGCUGCCUGCAAUGGCAAUUCACCAAAGCUCGAUAGCGACUACUCUACUCAAGUAGUAACCAGUAUCUGCCUGUGCCUGUUGUGGCUUUGUGGCUAUUGUCCGCUGCUGUGGCUGGCUC